ACCUGCCCUGAAAUCACUCAACUGACUGAGCCACCCAGGAGCCUCUCUAUCUUCAAUUUCUGCUCACAUGUCCCUACAGGGACUCAAAUUUGGCAAUUAAUGUAUGGUACAUUCCAUUGUCCAUUUCCCAGGAAGCAGCAGCUACUGCCACCACAGCCACUGUACUAUCAUAGGGGACUUUGGUGAUGCCUCUUCAGAGAACUGGGCAGGCAGGGCUGUCAGCUGGGAACCAGGAGGGAGGUCAUCCUGAGACCAAGAACCGAAAUGGAGUUGGCCACUAGUUCACCUACCCUCCUCUACCUCUCUCUCCCAUCCCUACUCCCUCACCCAGUUCUGCUUAGUACCUCCCAACUCCUGGUCAGCUGUGUGUAAAUGGAGGAGGGGCCACCAGAGGCAGAGAAGGGAGGGGACCAUUGGGAUUAUAAAUUCCAAAAAGGCCACUCAACUCCCAGAGCCAGAUCCCUAAAAAUCUACUGUCAGCUGCUGUACUUGCUACCAUUCUCAGGAUCCUCAUCAUGAAAGGCCUUCUGCUGCUCACCCUGUCUGCUCUGCUCUGCUGGGUCUCAGCUGACAUUCGCUGUCACUCCUGCUACAAGGUCCCUGUGCUGGGCUGUGUGGACCGACAGUCCUGCCGCCUAGAACCAGGACAACAGUGCCUGACAACAAAUGUGUACCUCGGUAAGAUGUGGGUUUUCUCCAACCUUCGAUGUGGCACACCAGAAGAGCCUUGUCGGGAGAUCUUCAACCAAACCAACCACAAGCUGGGCCUGAGCUAUAACACCACCUGCUGCAGCAAGGACAACUGUAACAGCCCAGCCCCUCGGCCCACCCCAGCCCUGGCCCUUGUCCUCCUGACCUCUUUGGCUGGCCUUGGCCUCUGGCUGCUGCACUGACACUCACUCCAUGGCUGCCCCCCUCCCACGUGCCUUAGCUUGAGCUCAGCCCUGUGUCUCCUUGUCCCCUGGCUCCCUACAACGGUCUCUCCUUAGCUCCCUUUGCUCAGAAAAACAUUUCUCAAGACUCUUCACGUUUCUUUAAUUAGACAGUGGUCUCCUUAUCCAUCCUGCCACCUUACAUUCUCCACUCUGCUUUUCCUGAGUCCCUGCAUAUAUCCCUCUAGACCAUUUCAAAUCUUCCCCAAAUAGAGCUCUCACUUUUCCUCCUGCACUCUACCGUGCCUUACUCGGGGAGCAAUGGAGACCUGGGCCUGAAAUUGCCUUCAGUUCUGUCCUCAGUGAAGGCUCCCAGGAAGGAACUGAUAACCUCACUGUAUGCGGCUGAUUCCCCAAACCCUGGCCCCCAUAUAAACACCAUCCCCAUUCUCACUUCUUUCCAUUUUGAGUAAUAAAUAUCUAUGUCUGAUAAA